AUGGCCCCCAAAGUCCUCAUCGUUCUUACCUCCUUCGAUAAGAUCGAGGCGAACGACCACCCCACGGGAUGGUACCUGCCCGAAUUCGCGCACCCCUGGGAAGUCCUGCACUCCAAGACCGAGCUCACAAUCGCCUCGCCCAAGGGCGGCGCUGCCCCUCUGGACCCCUCCUCCGUAAAGAUGUUCGAGAACGACCCCGUCUCCACAAAAUUCCUGAACGAGCAGGAGGCGCUAUGGAAGAACACCGAGAAGCUCGCCGAUGUGCUCCCCCGCGCCGAGAAGGGCGAGUUCGACGCUAUUUUCUAUGUCGGCGGACACGGACCGAUGUUCGACCUCGCAACAGACAAAACCUCGAUCGCCCUAAUCCAAUCCUUCGCGAACGCCCGCAAGCCCGUCUCCGCCGUCUGCCACGGCCCCUGCGUCUUCGUGAACGUCACAACGCCCUCGGGCAAGCCCCUCGUCGCGGACGCGGAAGUCACCGGGUUCUCGAACACCGAGGAGGACCAGGUUGAUCUGUCCAAGGUGAUGCCGUUUAUGCUGGAGGAUGAGCUGAAUAAGAAGUCUGGCGGGAAGUAUGUCAAGGCCGACCAGCCUUGGGGCGAGAAGGUUGUUGUCAGCACCGUUAAGGAAUUGGGUGGCACGCUUAUUACGGGGCAGAACCCGGCGAGUGCCACUGGCGUUGGGGAGGCAUUGCUUAAGGCUUUGGGAUUGUAG